GUUUCAUAUAUAAGGUUUGAUUUUGUAUUCCAAAAAUCAGACAGUUUAGCAAAUAGCAUCAGUAAUAUGAAGACUCUAUUUGUUUUAUCUUGUGUUUUGCUGGCAUUGGCCGCUACCACUACUCAGGCGGCCAAAUUAGAUACCACCCUUUACGCUAAGUACCUGUGUCGUAAUAAGCAAAACGGUUUCAAAGCUUUAGUACCGGGCAGCUGUUCUCAAUAUUAUGAAUGUCAAAAUGGUGAAUCUGAACUACGUGCUUGUCCCCGUUUCUUCGAUUCCGUGAAUCAAAAGUGUGUUACCAAAGAUACUGGUUGUAUGGAGACAUUGGAAAAUGAAGUAAAUGUACCGGCUGGCUGUAGCGGUCCUUGUUGUGGAAUCUCCAAUGGUUACGCCUUAGAUCCUAUUAAUCAACAGGUUUAUUAUGAAUGCAAGGAUAACUGUGUUGCCUCAAAGAACCUUUGUGAGGGUAAUUUAAUGUUCAAUUUACAGACUCAGAAAUGUAGUGCAGCUGAAAGCUGUGGUGAAGUUACAACACCAAAACCACCAUGCACUACUACUACAAAGGCACCAUGUACUGCAACAGAGAAACCUAUUACUACAACUUGUACAACAACAAUGACCACUUGCACUACAACAACAAAGCCCACUACUACACCAACAACCACUACAAAAACUACAACUACUAAAACUACAACAACAAAGACCACAACUACACCAACCACAACAACUACUACUUGUACUACAACAACAACCACAACUAGCACUACUACAAAAACCACCACUACUAAAACUACAACAACAAAGACUACGUCAACCACAACAACAACAACUUGUACCACUAGCACGACUACUUGCUCAACAACAACUACAACUUGCACUACUACAAAGCCAACCACUACAAAAACUACAACAACAAAGACCACUACAACACCAACAACAACAACUACUACUUGUUCAACAACCACCACAACUUGCACUACAACAACAAUAACAACAACGAAAACAACCACCACAAAAACGACAACAACAAAGACAACUACAACACCAACCACAACAACAACUACUUGUACCACAACAACCACAACUUGCACUACUACAAAACCAACAACUACAAAAACUACCACCACUAAAACUUCUACAACACCAACCACAACAACUACUACAUGUACCACAACAACGACUACUUGUUCAACAACCACCACAACUUGCACUACAACAACACCAAGCACAACGAAAACCACCACCACAAAAACUACAAAGACAACUACUACCCCAACCACAACAACAACUACUUGCACCACAACAACGACUACUUGCUCAACAACAACUACCACUUGCACUACUACAAAACCAACAACUACAAAAACUACCACCACUAAAACUACAACAACAAAGACCACUACAACACCAACCACAACAACAACUACUUGUACCACAGCAACGACUACUUGCUCAACAACAACCACAACUUGCACUACUACAACGACAAGCACAACGAAAACCACCACCACAAAAACUACAACAACAAAGACAACUACUACCCCAACCACAACAACAACUACUUGCACCACAACAACAACUACCACUUGCACUACUACAAAACCAACAACUACAAAAACUACCACCACUAAAACUACAACAACAAAGACCACUACAACACCAACCACAACAACAACUACUUGUACCACAACAACGACUACUUGCUCAACAACAACCACAACUUGCACUACUAUAAAACCAACAACUACAAAAACUACCACCACUAAAACUACAACAACAAAGACCACUACAACACCAACCACAACAACUACUACAUGUACCACAACAACGACUACCUGCUCAACAACAACUACAACUUGCACUACUACAAAACCAACAACUACAAAAACUACAACAACAAAGACAACUACAACCCCAACCACAACAACAACUACUUGCACCACAACAACGACUACUUGCUCAACAACAACUACAACCUGCACUACUACAAAACCAACAACUACAAAAACCACCACCACAAAAACUACAACAACAAAGAUAACUACUACCCCAACCACAACAACAACUACUUGUACCACAACAACGACUACUUGCUCAACAACAACUACAACCUGCACUACUACAAAACCAACAACUACAAAAACUACCACCACUAAAACUACAACAACAAAAACAACCACUACACCAACCACAACAACAACUACUUGUACCACAACAACAACCACAACUUGCACUACUACAAAACCAACAACUACAAAAAGCACCACUACUAAAACUACAACUACAAAGACUACUACUACACCAACCACAACAACAACUACUUGCUCAACAACAACCACAACUUGCUCAACAACAACUACAAAAGCUCCUUGCAAUGCAGUGACAACCACUACACCUCCUUGUCCCCUUGCCAUUGAUGCUGCACAAAGUCAAUCCGAACCUGCUAAACUUCCCAGUAACAAUAUCGAUUUGUACAUACGCUUCGUGUGCCGUAACAAACCAGAUGGCUUCAAAUUGGUUUCGCCGAACAAAUGCAAUGAUUUCUAUGUCUGCAACAAAGGUGAAGCAAUGUUUUUGAGUUGUGGCGAUAAUUACUAUAAUCCUUUGAAGGGCAUUUGUGAUUUGCCUGAAAAUACCAAUUGUCACUUGAGUCAAUUCAUUGCAUAAAUGUAAUAAUCAGAGUGUGACCUCUUUUUUUCGUUGGACUAAAGGAUGCUGCCAUUGAAAUGAUUAAAGAUAAAUUUGGGCUCAAAUUGAAUUAAAUAAAAAAAAAAAAUUUAAAUAAUAAAACGAUAUGAAGCAAUAAAAGUA